AUUUUUCUUCUCCGGCCCCAUGGAGGAAGUGAGAAAGUUGGCACGAUCACCCAGGGCUUCGCAGGACCCRGUCGCUCAGUGACAGAUGGACAAUGCAAGAAUGAGCUCCUUCCUGGAAUACCCUAUACUUAGCAGUGGUGAUUCGGGGACUUGCUCAGCGCGAGCCUACCCCUCCGAUCAUGGGAUUACAACUUUCCAGUCGUGUGCGGUCAGUGCCAACAGCUGCAGCAGCGACGACCGCUUUCUUGUGGGCAGGGGUGUGCAGAUCAGCUCGCCACACCACCAUCACCACCACCACCACCACCACCACCACCCCCAGCCGGCCACUUACCAGACUUCUGGGAACCUGGGGGUGUCCUACUCCCACUCGGGUUGUGGUCCAAGCUAUGGCGCGCAGAACUUCGGUGCGCCUUACGGCCCCUAUGGGUUAAAUCAGGAAGCAGACGUAAGUGGUGGGUACUCCCCGUGCGCUUCCGCUGUUUACUCUGGAAAUCUCUCAUCUCCCAUGGUCCAGCAUCACCACCACCACCAGGGUUAUGCUGGGGGCACGGUGGGCUCGCCUCAGUACAUUCACCACUCAUAUGGACAAGAGCACCAGAGCCUGACCCUGGCUACGUAUAAUAACUCCUUGUCCCCUCUCCACGCCAGCCACCAAGAAGCCUGUCGCUCCCCUGCGUCGGAGACGUCUUCUCCAGCGCAGACCUUUGACUGGAUGAAAGUCAAAAGAAAUCCUCCCAAAACAGGGAAAGUUGGAGAGUAUGGCUACGUGGGUCAACCCAACGCAGUGCGCACCAACUUCACCACCAAGCAGCUCACGGAGCUGGAGAAGGAAUUCCACUUCAACAAGUACCUGACGCGUGCCCGCAGGGUGGAGAUCGCCGCUUCUCUGCAGCUCAAUGAGACCCAGGUGAAGAUCUGGUUUCAGAAUCGCCGAAUGAAGCAGAAGAAACGUGAAAAGGAAGGGCUGUUGCCCAUCUCUCCUGCUACCCCACCUGGAAGCGACGAAAAGACGGAGGAAUCCUCGGAAAAGUCCAGCUCCUCACCCUGCGUUCCUUCUCCGGGGUCUUCUACCUCAGACACUCUGACUACCUCCCACUGAAGGCCACCCUCGCCCCUAACUCCACAGCCCAGACUUCUCCUGGGGCUGGGAUUUCUUACCCAAAGCACAUUCUUAGCUUAUCUUCCUUUCCACUUACUGUCUCUCUUUCUGAUCCUAUCUGGGGAGCUCCUGGCCAGGAGAAUGUGUUUCCAGAAAACUCUAGACCAGAAACUUGCUGAGAGGUUAACUCCUUAGUCCUGAUUUGGUGCCAGCAUUAAUUUCUUGCAUUCCUCCCUGAUUUUAAGAGAUUUUCAUAGAAACAACUGUUUCUUUCAGUUGCCCUUUGGAAACUAGGGUCUCCUUGCCUGCAGAAACAUGCCAGAGGGAGGCAUUUCACCUCUUGUCUAACUGUGUAUUUWCAGUUCUCCCCUACCUUGCCCUUAAAAGUAGAAUCUAGAGGAAGGGURUCCAGGAGCUCAUGAUGAAGACAUGCACUAUGAGUGUGUUUACACAAUUAAUCCAUCCCUUAAUUUAAUUCAGUUUCAUGUGUGUGAGUUUUCUGGUUGUAAAUACUUUGUCUUGAGAGAUUUAUCUUUAUACAAAUUUUCUAGAAAUGUUUAGAAUUAGGUGACUAAAUCAGACAGGGUGGGCAAACUCUCAAAAGGGGUACAAUUUUUUAUGUGAUUAUAGGUGAAGAAUAAAUUCCCUCAUUUAAAUCCAAUCAGAUGCCUCAGAAGUUAGUCUCAAUUUGUUCCUUUAGUGAGUUAAGAAGGCCUGUAGGGCACAAGGCUCAGAAACCUUGGCUUCCUGUGCUAAGUCUCUCCCCAACCCUACCCCUUUCUUCUCAUUCUUCUGGCCAACCCGCCAAUUAAAAUUUGUGCUGGAUUAUUCGGAACCUAAAGGUAUUGCUCAAAUCAACUUCUUCCUUCCACAGUUACUUUAGCUGGAUAUGAUGUAUUUUCAGCUGAAUUGUUAAUGUGAUGGAUGGCACAAUGAAUGUAUAUUUUGUGUGAUUCGUGAAUAGUCUUUUGCAUGUCGCACAAUGUUUUGAUGUCCCUGAAGUACCAUACUGAGUUCUAUCAGUUAUUCUUUGUGAGCCUACAAUAUUCCCCAUUUCCUGUACAAUCAUGAACAGCUCUGAGAUCCUGGAGUGAUAUGAUCCAGAGCAGAGUUUACGGGUCUUAAGAUGUCUGUAAUAAAUAUAU